AUGAUGAUCUCUCUAUCGCGGGCCCUCCUGCUGACAUGUUCAGUCGCUUGUCAUGCCACCGCCCAUUCCAUUGACUCUAACUACCGAAUCGAUGUUCACUCCCACGCGAUCCCAGAUAUUUGGAAGCAGGCAAUGAUAUCAGCAGGUUUCCCGAUCGAGAAUGGUACUUUGUACAAUGAUGGCGCCCCGGUUCCCGAUUGGUCGUUGGACACACAUAUUAGCUCUAUGGACACCCUUGGAGUAAAUUAUUCGACUCUUAGCAUCACUGCGCCCGGAGUUUCUUUCAUCAGAGACGCUAAAAAGGCCAAGUCCUUGGCUCGGAAAAUCAACUUGCUCCUUUACGAUUACACGCAGGCUCAUCCAACUCGAUUGGGAGCACUGUGCCUUCUUCCUCUUCCUCAUAUCAACGAGGCAGUCAAAGAGCUUGAGUUUUGCCUGGAUACCCUCAAAUUUGCUGGCGUUGGGUUAUAUACUAAUGCCAAUGGCCUUUAUCUUGGAGACUCAACCCUAGAGCCGAUUUUCAAAGCCCUCGAUAAGCGCGGCGCCGGUGUUUUUGUUCAUCCAGCUUCUCCAACAUGUACCUCUGUCGGUCUGGGCCAUCCUAUGCCUAUGAUUGAGUACCCGUUUGAUACAGUGCGUGCUAUUGAGAAUCUACUUCUUACUGGUCAGCGUGCGAGAUACCCGGAUCUGAAUAUAAUUUUCUCACAUGGCGGCGGUGCGAUACCAUAUCUUGCUACUCGCAUUGCUGGUGUUGCAACACUUCCCUAUGGAGGUGGAAUAGCGUUUCCCGAAUCUCUUGCCCAGCUUGCUGGAUACUAUUUCGACCUCGCAAGCGCGACCUCUGCUAUCCAACUUGCAGCCCUAAAGAGUUUCAUCGGCGCCAAAAGGCUCGUGACUGGAAUUGACUAUCCCUAUGUCCCUCUUUCACAGGCACAGCCGGGGCUAGUCGGUAUACAAACCAAUGGCAACUUUACAGAUAGCGAGAUGGGGGAAAUCCGAUAUCAAAAUGCCUUGAAUAUUUUCCCUCGGAUUGCUGAGGCCUUGAACAUCAACUAA